AUGGCUGAAGAUGAGGACCGUUUUCAUUGUUUAUUUGACAACAACGAAGAUUCUAAUGAAGCUGAUUUUGAAUCUCUCGUUUCAUUCUACUUGUCUCAUAAUGAUUUGUCUACCACUCUUGGUGAACUUAAAAUGUGGAAGUUAAAACUUGCCAGUCUAAAUGUUAAACCAUCUAAUGGAAUUGAUGCAUUAAAACUUUGUAGUCCCGUGAUCUUCCCAAAUAUUCACAUGUUAUUAAAAAUUCUAUGCACACCGCCGGUAUCAACAGCUACUCCAGAAAGAAUGUUUUCAAAUUUAAAAAGAGUAAAAUCUUAUUUGAGAAAUACUAUGAAAGAGGGCAGAUUAAAUGGAUUGACCAUGUUGUUGGUAUACCAUAAUAUAAAUUUAACUCCUGAAGAAGUCAUCGAUGAGUUGGGACAAAAACCCAGGAAAAUAGACAUUGUUUUAUAA